GUAGCAUGAUGCGGGAGAGAGGACGGGAAAAAGAGAAAAAGAGAAAACCAUCAAGGGCCCACCCUCCAUUUUCACUGACACCAGCAACGUACAUACAUCGUCAACGGACCGCGCGCUAGCACGCGUUGGCUGCGCUUCUCCUCGCUAUGGCUGCGAAUGAUCUUGGCCCAGCCGUCAUCGCGGUUGCUUGGACUUUCGCAGCCCUUGCGACUGCAGUGGUUGGAGCACGGAUCUACGUCCGCGUGCGCUUUUUGCGAACCCUGAAAAUCGAUGACUACAUUAUCCUCUUGACACUGUUGCUCGGGUUUGGGAAUAGCAUCUUCCUCACCAUGGCCGUGGACUGGGGCUUGGGACAACACCUCUCAGUCCUCCAGGCCGAGCCCGCGCGCAUCAUGUACACGGUGAAGUGGGUGUACCUCUGCGAGUUCUUCUCCAUCAUGUGCCCUGGGUUCGGCCGGAUAUCGUUCGCCUUCUUGCUUCUCAGCAUCAUCCCGCCGACUACCGGCCGUAAAGUCUUUCUCUGGAGCGUCAUCGGUGCCCAGUUCGUCGUCGAUGUCGGAACUGUCAUCAUCAGCUUCGCGCAGUGCAGACCUAUCGAAGGCUACUGGGACAAGAGUUUGAACGCGGAUUGCUGGCCGCCCCAUAUCCAACAAUACACCGGGUUUUUCCAAGGCUCGUUUUGUUCGCUGGUUGACCUUGUUCUUGCUCUAUUUCCCGUCACCUUAUUCUGGUCACUGAGGAUGGAAUGGAAGCAGAAAGCCGCGCUCAGCGCCCUCAUGGGCCUGGGCGUCUUCGCGAUGAUUGCAUCCAUCGUGAAGACCGUCGGACUCCGAGCCCUUACUGAGACCGAAGACUUGACUUACGCCAUGGCAGAUUUGGCAAUUUGGUGGACCCUCGAAGCCUACCUCGUCCUGAUAGCAGCCUCGAUGCCGACGCUACGGCCGAUAUUCAAGCGUGGAAGAAACCACACCCACGACGCAAGCGGAUACGGGACAGGACAGAGCGGGUGGAGCCAAUCCAAGAGAGCAAAGAUGACCAACCCGGACGGCGCCGGGCCGUUCAUGACCCUUAGCCAGCCCUCAUCCCGCGAGGAGAUCGACCUCGCCGACUGGGAGCCGCCCACCGAAAACAGUACAUACCGAGUUAAUGCAGCGGUGGAAUACGAGGAGCCGGAACGGGAUAACGCUACAGACGGCAUCAGGAGAGACGUCACGGUGACGGUUGUUUACGGGAAACCAAGCCCCUCCGAGGAGAAGUUAACAGGCUGAGCCUUUGCAGAAUCCGAAGAUUCGUUAUGUGCAUCGUGGGACGCCGGGGAACUGUAAAGCCGGGGAGGGAGCUAGAGAAACUAGUAGCCUAGCUGUCUCUGCCGUGUGUGGUAUUUGUAGUUGUGAGAGAAAGAAGGACAUAAGAUCGGUGGGUGGCCGACUGCAAGCUGCUGCUGGCAAGCAGUAGCCACAGGCCAACCUCCGAGCCCUAACCACGACUCGCUACCUCGAGUUAUCCGUCUCAUACCUUCACCAGCCGCACGUGAAGAGUGUCAACCGGAAACCGUCUGGUCGUGGGAUGUGGAGCGUAAAUGGCGCAAGUGGGUGAGAGGUAGCCUACGGACGACUCAUCCUACGUUUCAUUUCUUCCUACGUGCGGACCGAAGAGAGUACCUAGGUAGGCUGGCGGUGUAAAAACUCGCUCGCAAACCUCGAGGCCACUCCACC